CUCUUGGUUCACUGUCUCAAAUUUAGGGUUUCGUUGGUUCGUUCUUCCUCUUACCAAUCGAAGAACCCUACCCUAAACCCCUUCUAGGGUUCUUCCUCACCUCCAAAUCCCCUUCUCCCUCUCCCUCUGUCCCGAAUGGCGUCGGUGAAGAGAAAAACCCUAGAAGAGCCGGCCGCGGACCUCGCCCGGCCUCAGAAAGCGGCGAGGGAGGAGCCGGAGCCGGCCUACGUCGACGAGCCGGUGUCCUGCCUCCACGACGUCUCCUACCCGGAGGGCUACGUCCCGACUCGCCCGUCCACCUCCCACCCCACUGGCGAGAAGCCCAAGCCGGCCAAGGAGUUCCCCUUUGAGCUCGACCCCUUUCAGUCCGAAGCCAUCAAGUGCCUUGAUAAUGGCGAAUCUGUCAUGGUAUCAGCACAUACGUCAGCAGGGAAGACGGUGGUUGCUUUGUAUGCUAUCGCAAUGUCCUUGCGAGACCAGCAACGGGUCAUCUAUACAUCUCCGAUCAAGGCUCUUAGCAACCAAAAGUAUAGAGAAUUUAAAGAGGAGUUCUCUGAUGUUGGUCUCAUGACAGGGGAUGUGACAAUUGAGCCUAGUGCCUCAUGCCUGGUCAUGACCACUGAAAUUUGGCGAAGUAUGCAGUACAAAGGGUCAGAGAUCAUGCGGGAGGUGGCUUGGAUAAUUUUUGACGAAGUCCAUUACAUGCGAGACAGGGAGAGAGGUGUUGUUUGGGAAGAGAGUAUUGUAAUGGCUCCAAAGAACUCACAUUUUGUAUUUCUCUCUGCAACAGUUCCUAAUGCAAAGGAAUUUGCUGACUGGGUUGCAAAGGUUCAUCGGCAGCCUUGUCACAUUGUUUAUACUGAUUAUCGACCUACACCUCUACAGCACUACAUUUUUCCAUCUGGUGGUGAUGGCUUAUAUUUGGUGGUGGAUGAGAAGGGAAAAUUUCGAGAAGACAGUUUUCAAAAAGCUUUAAAUGCACUUAUUCCUGCAGGUGAAGGUGGGAAGAAAAGGGAGAAUGGGAAGUGGCAGAAGGGAAUAGUAGCAGGCAAACCUAGUGAGGAGAGUGACAUAUUUAAGAUGGUGAAGAUGAUAAUUCAGCGCCAGUAUGACCCUGUCAUACUCUUCAGCUUUAGCAAAAGGGAAUGUGAAUUUCUGGCAAUGCAGAUGGCAAAGAUGGACUUAAAUGAAGAUGAUGAGAAAGUGAAUAUUGAAACCAUUUUUUGGAGUGCAAUGGAUCUGCUUUCUGAUGAUGAUAAGAAGCUUCCCCAGGUUACAAAUAUGCUACCACUUUUGAAACGUGGAAUUGGUGUACAUCAUUCUGGUCUACUUCCAAUUCUGAAGGAAGUGAUUGAAAUUCUCUUUCAAGAAGGCCUCAUCAAGUGUUUGUUUGCCACAGAAACCUUUAGUAUAGGUCUGAACAUGCCUGCCAAAACUGUGGUUUUUACAAACGUACGCAAAUUCGAUGGCGAUAAAUUCAGAUGGAUAUCCAGUGGAGAGUAUAUCCAGAUGAGUGGCCGUGCUGGACGACGAGGUAUCGAUCAGCGUGGCAUUUGCAUUCUAAUGGUGGAUGAGAAAAUGGAGCCGUCAACAGCUAAAAUGAUGCUCAAAGGAAGUGCAGAUUGUUUAAACAGUGCGUUCCACCUGAGCUACAACAUGCUGUUAAACCAAAUGCGUAGCGAAGAUGGUGAUCCAGAAAAACUUCUUCGAUACUCGUUUUAUCAGUUUCAAGCUGAUCGGGCCCUUCCUGAUCUUGAGAAACAAGUAAAGGAAUUGGAAAUAGAGAGAGACUCUAUGAUUAUCGAAGAAGAGGAGAGCUUGAAAGAUUAUUACGAUCUCUUACAGCAGUACAGAAGUUUGAAGAAUGAUGUCCGUGAUGUUGUAUUUUCCCCAAAAUACUGUUUACCAUUCCUGCAGCCUGGCAGGCUUGUGCGCAUUCAAUGCACUAAUGGUGACAAGAAUCCAUCUUUCUCAACAGAUGCUUUAGUGACAUGGGGAGUGAUUAUUAAUUUUGAAAAGGUGAAAAUCCCUGGUGAAGAUAAAAGACCUGAGGAUGCUGAUUAUACAGUUGACGUCCUCACAAGGUGUGUUGUGAAUAAGGAAGUGGGUUCAAAGAAAACCAUGAAGAUUGUUCCUUUAAAUGAGCGUGGAGAACCUGCUGUGGUUUCAUUGCCUCUUUCUCAGUUUGAAAGUUUAAGCAGCAUCCGUCUGUUCAUACCUAAGGAUCUGUUGCCACUAGAAUCUCGGGAGAAUACAUUGAAAAAGGUUUCAGAAGUUCUUUCCAGGUUUGCCAAAGAUGGGAUACCUCUUUUAGAUCCUGAAGAGGAUAUGAAAGUACAAUCUAAUUCAUAUAGAAAAGCUGUUAGAAGGAUAGAAGCUCUAGAGAGUCUAUUUGACAGACACGAAAUCCGGAAUUCACCACUUAUCCAACAAAAGCUGAAAGUUCUGCAUGCAAAGCAUGAAUUGACUGCUAAAAUCAAGUCAAUCAAGAAAACAAUGCGUUCUUCAACAGUGCUUGCCUUCAAGGAUGAACUGAAGGCACGGAAACGAGUUCUUCGCAGGCUGGGAUAUAUUACCAGUGAAGAUGUUGUAGAGUUGAAGGGCAAGGUUGCCUGUGAGAUCAGCACUGCUGAUGAAUUAACACUAACAGAGCUUAUGUUCAGUGGGGUACUGAAGGAUGUGAAUGUGGAGGAGAUGGUUGCACUUCUCUCAUGUUUUGUAUGGCAGGAGAAGCUCCAGGAUGCCCAGAAACCAAGGGAAGAGCUCGACCUUCUUUUCUCUCAGCUGCAAGAGACAGCAAGAAGGGUUGCCAAUGUUCAGCUUGAGUGCAAGGUCCAAAUUGAUGUGGAGAAUUUUGUGAAUUCUUUUCGCCCUGAUAUCAUGGAAGCAGUGUAUGCAUGGGCAAAAGGAUCCAAAUUCUACGAAAUCAUGGAGAUUACACAAGUUUUUGAAGGUAGCUUAAUCAGGGCCAUUAGAAGGCUCGAGGAAGUUCUGCAACAGCUAAAUUUGGCAUCCAAAUCCAUUGGAGAGACUGAAUUGGAAUCAAAAUUUGAAGAGGCGGUUACUAAGAUCAAGCGUGAUAUAGUAUUUGCAGCAUCUUUGUAUUUGUAGUCCGAUAACAAUUCAUUCAAACUUCGGAAAUGGCAUCUGAGCAAUUUUUGCUUUUCUAAAUUGAAGAGCUGUUGCAGUUGCCGGGCACAAAAAAAUUUUGCUCUUGGACGCUAAGAUUGCAGAGCAAUGGCUAAAAUAUUUAAACUACAGCUUUUGCAAAUCAAAAGAUGCAGAUCUAGCGACCUGUCUGCCAUACCAGCCUGUACCAUACCAAAUUUCUUGGUCCAGAGGAUUUCAUUAGUUGCUGAAAGUGAAAGCUGACUAACGGGGGCAGGAGAUGAUUAUUUUUCAUUUUUAUAUUUUCACACAUAGCUGUAUUGAGAGAAUUCUAUUAUUGUACCUUCUAUUUGCACGAAAUUUGUUUCAAUUGGAACAAGAAAGUGUCAAAAUUAAUGAUUCUUCAUAUA